AUGACAAGACGACGCUCCUUUGGCGCGUGGCAAAGUCCAAAUACCCGGCACCGAAGUGGACAGGGUGUGCCUGGCCCAGACGGCGCCGCUGCCGCCGCCGCCGCGUCAAAAGGCGUUCAAUAG